UCAUCUGAGCUCGGUGUCUGUUCUAUCAAUGAUAAAGAUAAAUUGAAGGAAGAAAAUAUUCUAGGGGAUUUGGCACCAUGAAGGCGAUGGAAACCUUCCAUGAUCUGAUCGAGGAAGCUAAGAUUCGAACUGUAUGGUGGGCGUUGGUCAUCUUCGCCGUUUCAUACUUCUUGUCCCAUACAAGUAAAUCAAUGUUGAUGAAUGUUCCCAUAGCUAUUCUGUUGGUUUACGCAUUACGGCUUCUUACUUGUGGGGUGGAGAUCCGCUGGCGGGUUCAACCAGUAGGUCGGCAGUCCUAUCUAUCGCACUUGGCAAAGAAGCAAUUGUCUGUAGAUGAUCCUCGCCUUUCUACUUUGCCAUCCCCCCCAAAAUGGAAGAGGAAAAUUGACUCUCCAUUAGUGGAGGUUGCCAUUGACGACUUCAUAAACAAGAUUUUGCAGGAAUUUGUGGUAGACUUGUGGUAUUCUGCCAUCACUCCAGAUAGAGAGGCCCCUGAGCAGAUACGCCUAGUAAUUAUUGAUGUUCUUGGUGAAAUAUCAAGGAGGGUUAAAGAAAUUAACCUUUUCGACUUGUUAACAAGGGACAUGGUUGACUUGAUAGGGGACAAUAUAGACCUUUACAGAAGAAACCAAUCUGCGAUUGGUGUGGACGUCAUGGGAACACUAUCUUCUGAAGAAAGAGAUGAAAGGCUGAAACAUCACCUUAUGGCCUCUAAGGAGCUCCACCCGGCUCUGGUAUCUCCUGAGUGUGAGUACAAGGUUCUUCAACGAAUUAUGGGAGGCAUAUUGGCUGUGGUGUUAAGACCUCGAGAAGCUCGGUGUCCUAUCGUCCACUGUAUUUCUAGAGAGCUCUUAACUUGCUUGGUUAUGCAACCCAUAUUGAAUUUUGCGAGCCCUGGGUACAUAAACGAGUUAAUCGAGCAUCUCUUCCUCGCCGCGAAAGAGGAUAGGAGUAAAGAGGUUGGCGAUGAUCAGUCAGCUGUUGCAACUGGUCUUCACCAUGAUAAUUCUGGUUCUGUAGGAGUUAUUCAAAGUGGUGAAUCUACAGCAGGAAGAAACGUUUCCACUUUUAAUCAACAGAGUGACAUGGUAUUGGAAAAAUCCAGCAAUCAGGGAAUGAUGCCGUUGGGUACAUCUGGGCACAGCCAGAAACUUACAUAUGAUGAAGGUCCUGCCCAGCCACAGGCUGCAGAUUGGGCAAGGGUGUUAGACGCUGCAACGCAGAGAAGAACAGAAGUUCUUGCUCCUGAAAAUCUUGAGAACAUGUGGACUAAAGGAAGAAACUAUAGAAAGAAAUCUGAAAAGCAUGCUAAAGUAGGAAUUCUUCUGGCACCUUCAAUGAGUACUUCACAAACCAGUACUACCAUGCCUGUGAAAAACUCCAAGGAAAUAUUAACCAACAGACCUAUAGUUUCUACUGGAAUGGAUGAUAAACUCAUGGUUAGGUUAACUGAUGGAGCAAAUCUUGAUCCUUCACCAAGUGAUAGGAUAGACAUCGAGACACGAUUGCCACUAGAUCUGCACAAGGGACCAUCUUUUGGGUCAGAAGAUAAUACUAUUCUACAUUCUAAUGGCAGUAAAACUCAGCUUAAGAGAUCCAAUAGCACUUCUUCUUUGCAAACUCAAACUGAUUUUGAGCAAACAAUUGCUGGAGGGUCAAUCAUUUCUGAGGAGUUCUACGGCCCAAAUUUUGGAUGGCGUAAGGAAGAAUAUUAUGUUAAGGGUACUUCUGAUAUGGUGAUCUGGAAGGAAGGAUGGCUGCAUGCCCCCAAGCUGAGGUGCCGGGUAGCGGGAGCAUACUUUGAAAAGAUCGAGUCAAAAUCUUUUGCAGUUUAUUCGAUUGCUGUGACAGAUGCAGAAAUAAGAACUUGGUUUGUCAAAAGAAGAUAUAGUAACUUUGAGCGGCUGCACCGACACCUGAAGGAUAUACCCAAUUAUAAUUUACAUUUGCCCCCCAAAAGGUUUCUUUCCUCAAGCACUGAUGAUUCUUUUGUUCAUGAACGCUGCAUUCAGCUUGACAAAUAUUUGCAAGAUCUUUUGUCAAUUGCCAAUGUUGCUGAACAGCAUGAGGUGUGGGAUUUCUUGAGUGUUUCCUCAAAGAAUUACUCAUUUGGAAAAUCAACUUCAGUAAUGAAAACACUGGCAGUAAACGUGGAUGAUGCGAUGGAUGAUAUUGUGCGCCAGUUUAAAGGGGUUUCAGAUGGUUUAAUGCGUAAGGUUGUAGGUUCAUCACCAUCGGCAAUAGAAGCUUCUCCUACUUCAGGCAGGAAUAUUUCCUGGAAUUCAGAUGACUUGAAUAAACAUCUGUUAAGCAAAACUGAUUCAAGUUAUGAUAACACGGAAGCAUCACAUUACUUAUCUGAUCAUGAGGAAGGUGUCAAAGGUGGAGACAGUGGCCAUGAGGACAUAGAUUCUGGUGCGAAUGCUAAUGGAUGGCAUUCAGACAAUGAAUUGAAUUCAAAAGAUUUUUCACCUAGGGUGAUCAAACGUGGUCAAGAGUCUAAAAGCUUAGAUUAUGAUAGAGGACAUAAUAUAGUGGUAAAACCUGAAAAGAUUGGGCCAGAUGGAUUUCCUGUAGCCAGUUGCCCUGUAACUUCUGAUAUUAUGGAGGAUUCUGUUGGAAUGCCACCUGAGUGGACACCACCCAAUGUCAGUGUUCCUCUGUUGAAUUUAGUUGAUAAGAUAUUUCAACUUAAAAGAAGAGGUUGGCUAAGAAGGCAAGUUUUCUGGAUUUCGAAGCAAAUUUUGCAGCUGGUAAUGGAAGAUGCUAUUGAGGACUGCCUCUUGAGGCAAAUCCAGUGGCUUCGGAGAGAUGACGUUAUUGCUCAAGGGAUCCGUUGGGUCCAAAAUGUUCUCUGGCCCAACGGCACAUUCUUCUUGAAAUUGGAUAACAUUCAAGGUGAUAUAGGCAACUCUGAGUUCAGCCAGAAACCAGCACAAACUGCAAAAAGCUUAGCUGGCAAUAGGAUCUCUAGACCAGGCUCUUUUGAGUCACAGCUUGAGGCGGCUCGUAGAGCCAGUGAUGUCAAAAAAAUGAUCCUUGGUGGAACUCCUACUGCGUUAGUUAGCCUGAUUGGGAAUAAACAGUACAAACGUUGUGCAAAGGACAUUUAUUAUUUUCUUCAGUCAACUAUCUGUAUCAAACAACUUGCAUAUGGAAUGUUGGAACAGAUACUUGUAUCAGUCUUCCCUGAGUUGCAUGAUGUUAUUGUAGACAUACAUGAGAAAAUGCAAGUUCAACCUGUGUAGGAAUCAUGGUUACUGAUCCAUUCUCUGCUUAAUGGUUGAAAGAGCUACCACUGAACACCUAUUGAAGUUUGCCUGUAUCCCAUUCUUUGGUUGCGAGUGUGAUUACAUUUGGCCAAUUUAUCUGUAACAUUAUUCUUGUAACACAGAGGAACAUAGUUUUCUUGUUUAACAUUUGAAAAACAACAUUUUUGGGGUGUUGGACGGAGCCUUUUAUCUCUAUCCCAUCCUAACUGUACAGAAUGUACAAUUUGAAUCUGUAUAGAAGUCACAAAUGGUGUGAAGGCUUCCCCACCAACAUUAUUGACAGCAUUCAACAAAGAU